CCAGGGUGCCCCUCUCCUCCUCCUCCUCCUCCUGGUUUUCAUUUUUCCCGCUUAGAAGAGAAGACCUUUGCGACCUGUUGCUUCUCUUUGGCCCCUAUACUCUCCAAGCCCCUUCCCUCUGAUCUGGAGCUUGGGGCCCUUUGGGUGUCUGUGUGUGUGGGGGGGGUGCCCACUCCCCCUCCGUCCCCAUGCUGCCCCCGUGGCCCUGGGCGUCGGGCCUGGCGGCGGCGGCGGCAGCAGGGCUGCUCUCCCUGCACUGGCUCCAGCGGCUGCUCUUCCCCUACUUCUGGCUGGACCUGGGCUUCCUGCUGAAGGCCCUCCGCUACGGGCUGAGCGUGGAGGCCUCCCGGCUGAGCGGCAGGGUCUGCACCGUCCUGGACAAGUUCGUGGCGGCGGCCCAGGCGCAGCCCGACAAGCCCUUCCUGCUCUAUGAGGGCCAGGCGCACAGCUACCGGGCGGUGGACCGGCGGAGCAACCGCGUGGCCCAGCUCUUCCUGCGGGAAGCGGCGGGGCUGAGGCCGGGGCAGGCGGUGGCCCUGCUCAUGAGCAACGAGCCCGACUUCCUCCACCUCUGGUUCGGGCUGGCCAAGCUGGGCUGCGUGGUGGCCUUCCUCAACUCCAACCUCCGCUCCAGGGCCCUCCUCCACUGCCUCCACAGCUGCGCCCCCAGGAUGCUGGUGGUCGGGGCAGAUAUGCUUGAGACCUAGAGGAAAUCCUCCAAGCCUCCAAGAGAUAUUAGGGUUUGGGUGAUGACAAAGAAUCCAGUUUGCCACGUGUUGGACCAUUUUAGACAGCUGGAAGUUUCGUCUGAUGUCCUGUACCAGAUUCUGCGUAUUGCUAACAACCUAAAGGAUCCUUGUCUCUACAUUUUUACCUCAGGAACAACAGGUCUACCAAAGGCUGCAGUUAUCAGUCAUUUGCAGACCCUUAAAGGAGCUGCUGGACUGUGGGCAUUUGGUGCUACUCCUGAUGAUAUCAUAUAUAUAACUCUUCCUCUUUACCACAGCGCAGCUUCUCUCCUUGGCAUUGGUGGAUGCAUUCAAUUGGGUGCAACAUGUGUUCUAAGAAAGAAAUUUUCAGCUAGUCAGUUCUGGAGUGACUGCAAAAAGUAUAAUGUUACAGUUAUUCAGUAUAUUGGAGAGCUUUGCCGUUACCUUUGCAAACAGCCUGUGAAAGAAGGGGAAAGAAAUCAUAAAGUUCGCAUAGCAGUUGGAAACGGAGUAAGAACAGACGUCUGGAAGGAAUUUUUACACCGCUUUGGUGACAUCAAGAUGUGUGAAUUUUAUGGUGCGACUGAAGGAAAUAUUUGCUUCAUGAAUCACACAGGCAAAGUUGGAUCUGUGGGACGAACAAAUUUCUUUUAUAAGCUCUUUUUCCCUUUUGACUUGAUUAAGUAUGAUUUUCAAAAAGAGGAGCCAAUCAGAAAUAAAAAUGGGUGGUGUGAAAGAGUUAAGAAAGGUGAGCCUGGGCUUUUACUAUCCAAAGUGAACUCAAAGAAUCCUUUCUUUGGCUAUGCUGGCAAUAAACGAGACACGGAGAAGAAGUUACUCUGUGGUGUGUUUAAGAAGGAAGAUUUUUAUUUCAAUACAGGAGAUCUGCUUGUUCAAGAUCAAGCUGACUUUCUUUACUUUUGGGACAGAACAGGGGAUACAUUCAGGUGGAAAGGGGAAAAUGUUGCCACUACUGAAGUUUCUGAUGUCAUUGGUAUGUUGGAUUUCAUACAAGAAGCCAAUGUUUAUGGGGUUUCUGUGCAAGGUUAUGAAGGGAAAGCAGGCAUGGCCUCCAUCAUAUUAAAGCCGGAUAAGUCCUUGGAUGUGGAACAACUUUAUGAACAUGUGGUGACAUAUCUGCCCAGUUAUGCUCGUCCACUAUUUCUACGAGUCCAGGAAAUAAUGGACAUUACAGGAACUUUCAAGCAACAAAAAUUUCAGCUGGUGGGUGAAGGAUUUAAUCCAUCUUCAGUCAGUGAUCCACUUUAUUUUUUGGACAGUUCUAAAAAGGCUUACAUAUUAUUAACUAAAGAACUACAUGAAAAUAUCGUAUCUGGCCAGAUGAAACUUUGAUGUUUAUUUAUUUGCAAGAAUUAAUGCAAUCUACUGCACAAAAUAUAACUUUAAAUAAGCUUUUUUAGUUAAAUGAAUGAAAUUUCCAGGGUGAAACUUCUGCACUGUAUUAAUUGUAUUGUUGAUUUGUUUGUAUGGUCAAGGGAUUACUUUUUAUUAUCUUUUGCUCAUCAGUUUUGUACCUUUUCCCACGCAGUCUUAUGUCUGUUAUAUACAACAUUUUGGACUGAACUCAAAACAGAGAAGCUCUUUUGCUCAUUCUGGGCCCCUGCACUCCACUUUUGACAAUUAUCUCUUCUUGCUGUAGCCUUGCCUUUGCCAUAUGCUGGCAUACAAAUCAUGUAGCCCACUCUCACUAUUUCUUACAUUGUACAGUAGUCUAACAAUUUCUGGAGGGCCGCAGCAUUGCUACUCUUACCUUAUGCCAUUCUUGCCCAGAAACUCCCCGUUCUCUAAUGUUCAAGUGCCAUAGGGGCCUUCAGAAUGAGAAAGGUCCCUAACAAUAACAUUUCCUAAAAAAGACAAUACCUAUAAACAAAGACACAAAUUUUACACACUUCCAUGGAAGUAAGCCUCUUUGAACUGACUGAGCUUGUAUAUAAUUCCAUUGUAAGACAAAUUGCAGCAUUUCAGAGAAAGAACUACCACAGUGGUUCUCAACCUUCCUAAUGCUGCGACCAUAAAAUUGCAGUGUCUCGGUUCCUAAGACAAUCAGAAAUAUGGGUUUUCUGAUGGUCUUAGGUGACCCCUGUGAAAGGGUCGUCAGGCCCCAAAGGGGGUCAGGUUGAGAACUGCUGAACUAUCAUAUGUUCAGUAAACUCUUAAACGUCCAGGGAUUUCCAAGUCAAUGUUGAAUAAAAAUACAACUUACGUAAAUAUUGCUUCUUAUCUUAAUUUCAAGCAAGGCAAUCCUCAUUUAAGAGGAUGUAGCUAUGGGAGGAAGAGAGCAUUGACCCUCACCAAACAAGAAUUCUGCCCCCUUUUCCAUGAAUUUUUCCUGCAAUCCCCAAAUUUUAAGCAUUGCAGAGAGUGCAUUGCAAAUUCCCUUUGGUAGUAAUAAAAGAGAAUGCAUGCCCACAUAUCUGUCUCUGCCAUAAUUCCCCAAAACCUGGUUGCCUGAAACCUGGCAUGGAUACUAAGGGGAAUCUGUGUUGCAUUGUGUGUCUUCAAGUCAUUUCCAAGUUAUGGCAACCUUAAGGUGUAGCUAUUGUGGAGUUUUCUUGGCAGAAGUUGUUUAGAGAGGGUUUGCCCUUGCCUUCCUCUGAGGCUGAGAGAAUGUAACCUGCCCAGAGGCUUCCAUGGCUCAAACUACUAUUCCACACUAGCUCUCCAAGGGAACCAAGGGACAGAUUACUUGGCUUUUAAGGUGAAUUCAUUAAUUCCAACCCAUUUAAAUCUGUGAUGCCUGUGACCUCUCUGCUCUCCUUUCACUGGCAGGUAAAGAUUUUUUUAUUUAAGCAGGCAUUUGAUGAUUAAUUGGUUGUGGGAAGUCUUUGAUGAUGAAAAUGUCCUGUAUGUUUAUAUUUAAUAUUAUGUUUUCAAACAAUUUUACUGUCAUAAUUAAGAACCAGCAUGGUGUGAAAGUUAGACUAUGAUUCUGGAAGACCAGAGUUCAAAUCUCACUUUGCCAAGGAAACUCAUUGUGAUCAAGUCACAUUCUCUCAGCCUCAGAGUAAGGCAAUGACAACCCCCUCCCAAAAAACAUUGCCAAGAAAACCCUGUCAUAGCUUCACCUUAGGUUCACUACAAGUUGGAAGGGAAGGCACACAGCAAACUUAUCAUAUUUAGGUUUUUAGGUUUAUGUCAUUUUAGGCUUUUGAAAGUUGGCUUGGGUCUCAUUUUGGAAGAUAUAAAUAAAAAUAAUAAAAAUAAUGUUUGUAGUUUUAAAAAUGGUUUUAACUUUUGCUUUUAAAAUGUUUUAACUGUUAAUAUGUUUAUUGUUUUUAUCUUAUUCAAACUAUUUAUGCUUUUUGUCUGGAAAUGUUUUAAAUUCUAUGUAUUGUAUGCUUCCCUGGGAACAUGUGACAAAG